AUGGACAAUUGUGAUAGUAACAAAUUGUAUGAAUUAGAGAUGCUGAUGAGUAUGUACUGCAAGGAAGGUGAAUUGAGGAUUGAUGACAUGUCGUGUUACACUGAUUUGAAGUCAACUGUCAACUGUCAGGAGUUACAUGGACCUCCUACUGAUAAGUUUGACAGAAGAUUAAGGUAUUCAAUCAGACUAGAAUCAGUUCAAAAAAACCAUGUAGAGUUGACAUUUGACCUACCAACCACUUAUCCAAGGACUCCACCGGACAUUUCAGUUAGAUGUGAUGACCCAUUAAGUAGGGAGUCCUCAGAUAAAUUUUUUGUUGACCUACAGCAUCACAUCAAAACAAAUUUACUCACUGGUGAACCAAUUGUACUGGAUAUCAUACAAUGGGUCGUGGAAAAGAUAGAUGCUUACAUAGAAAAUGACAAAAAGGCCAAUGCUGAACAUCACAAAUCUCCUAAAAGCAGAACUCUUUCCAAUAAAUCUGGUUCAUUGUGUAGAUACUGGAUAUACUCACAUCAUAUAUACAACAAGACCAAAAGGAAAACUAUUUUAGAUUCAGCAAAAUCAUUGAACCUCACUGGUUUCAGUUGUGCAGGCAAACCUGGAAUAAUAUGCAUUGAGGGUUAUCAGGCUGAUGUUGAUGAGUUCUGGCAGAGGAUAAGGUCAAUGCAGUGGCAGAAGAUUGUGUUGAAACACCAGGAAGUGUGUCAACAUGAAAGUUACAGUAGCUGGAGAAAGUUUAAAGAUUUUGAAGAAAUGUGCUUUCAAACUGCAGGCUGCAGGGACGGACAUACAGACACAAGUCUACUGCUUCAAUAUUUAACUUCUAAAAACUGUCAACAUGUUUUUUCAAUAUAUUUUGGGAUAAAUGUAUAA